AUGUCCGGUAUCGAUGAUAUGCUGAUGCCCAUGGAGGUUGUUGACUUGUCCAUUGGGUGGUCAUUCAAGCAGAGUGAUGAUGUUGGUGAGAAUGCCUGGUGCCCGGUCAAGAAGGUCCCUUCCACCGUGCACCAGGAUCUGAUCGACAACAAGAAACUGGAUGAUCCCUUUGUCGGAUUCAACGAAGUCAAGGCAGAGUGGGUGGGUUUGAAGUCAUGGACUUAUCGGACCAGACUCGCCAGGCCAUCUGUGGCGCAAGGCUCCAAAGUUGUACUGGCCUUUGAUGGUCUCGACACUUUUGCUCAUGUCAAACUAGAUGGCAAAACCAUCCUGCGAAGCGACAACAUGUUCUUGCCACACCGAGUCGACGUUACAGAAGCCAUCCAGUCCACGUCGGACCAUAGUUUGGAGAUCGACCUCGAACCCGCCUUCCUGAAGGCCAGGGAAAUCAAAGACCAGCACCCAGAGCAUAAAUUCAUCUGCUUCAAUGGUGAUUCAGCGCGUCUGGCCGUGAGGAAAGCACAGUAUCACUGGGGUUGGGAUUGGGGACCCUUCCUCAUGUGUGCAGGAAUCUGGAGGCCUGUUCGGCUGGAGAUAUAUUCCAUCAGAGUAGCAGAUCUGAGGACCGACAUAACCAUCUCAGACGACUAUCAGCUCGCCACGAUCGAGGCCUCUGCGGAUAUUGAAGGACUCGAGGACCUACAUGGCCAUAUCAAAGCCGACUUCAGUGUCAGUCUGGGAGGUAGAGAGAUUUUAUCAAAGCAGGCCAACAUAACCGCGGGAAAGAAGGCCACAGCCCACCUCAAGGUCUCCGACCCGCAAUUAUGGAUGCCCAACGGGUAUGGGCAGCAACCCCUAUACACAGUGAGUGUAACGGUAUCGACGGAGGGGGCUGUUUUACACCAAGAGUCACGGCGCAUUGGUAUACGCAAGGUGCAACUCGUGCAGGAGCCAGACUCGCACGGGAAGUCGUUUUAUUUUCGGAUCAACGGUGUCGACAUCUUCUGCGGUGGUUCAUGCUGGAUCCCUACCGAUAGCUUUCUGACGAAUGUGACUCCUGAGAAGUAUCGAGCAUGGAUCGAGUUAAUGGUACCCGCGAACCAGAAAAUGAUCAGAGUCUGGGGAGGAGGGGUUUACGAAAACGACUCUUUUUACGACGCUUGCGACGAGUUGGGGAUCAUGGUGUGGCAGGAUUUCAUGUUUGGAUGCGGAAACUACCCCUGCUUUCCGGCAAUUCUCAAGUCGAUCGAAGCGGAGGCCGUGGCCAAUGUUCGACGGAUUCGCCAUCACCCAUGCUUGGUGAUUUUUGCCGGGAAUAAUGAAGACUACCAAGUGCAGGAGUCUGCUCAUUUGACCUACGACUACGAAGACAAGAACGAGGAGCACUGGCUAAAAUCUGAUUUCCCAGCACGCUACAUCUAUGAGUCACUACUGCCGAAGGUCUCGGCGGCGGAGGCGCCCUGGAUCCCAUAUCAUCCGGGUUCGCCAUGGGGUGACGGCAAAAUCAGCUCGGACCCCACGGUUGGGGAUAUGCACCAGUGGAAUGUCUGGCACGGGACGCAGGAAAAAUAUCAGAUCUUCGACUCGCUGGGAGGCCGGUUCAAUUCUGAAUUCGGCAUGGAGGCGUUCCCACACAUUGCGACAAUCAAGUCGUUUGUUGAGAGGGAGGAAGAUCUCUAUCCGCAAAGUCAUGUUCUAGAUUUUCACAACAAGGCCGAUGGCCACGAAAGACGAAUUGCCACGUACCUAGUGGAGAAUGUGAGGACGGCGACAAACCUCGAGGCGUACAUCCACUUGACCCAGCUGAUCCAAUGCGAGGCUCUGAUGUUUGGCUAUCGCGGCUGGCGGAAACAAUGGGGGGACGACCGACACUGCGGCGGAGCCCUGGUGUGGCAGCUCAACGACUGCUGGCCAGUGACUAGCUGGUCGAUUGUUGACUACUACCUGAGGAGAAAACCGGCGUAUUAUGCCAUGGCCCGAGUUCUAGCCCCGGUGGCGGUCGGAAUUCGUCGAUCUCACCACGACUGGAGUGUUACACAUGCCCGCGAACCCCGGACGCAGGAUUGGGAAUUGUGGGUCGUCAGUGCGAAGCUGACCGAGAUCACCGCAGAUGUGGAGGUCAAGUUUGUGUCCGUCCGCACCGGCCUGGAGAUCAAGGACAAGAUUGUGAAAAAGGGAAUCAAAGUCAAGGCCAACGGAACUACCGACGUUCUCAAGGGGCAGGUCGACAAUGUGCAGGAGGAGCCCCAUGUCCUGGCGGCGCGGAUUUGGGUUGACGGCACAUUGAUUGCUCGUGACACCGAUUGGCCGCAACCUCUAAAAUAUCUCCAGUUUCCCGAUCGAAACGUCAGGGUCGAAGUGGUGGGUGACGAGAUGCAUGUCUCUGCAGACAGGCCGGUCAAGUGCCUUGUAUUUGAGGAGCGGGAAGGGUGUCAUCUAAGCGACAGCGCUAUUGACUUGGUGCCCAAUGACCAGCAGAUUAUCCGAGUGCGAGGGCUCAAGGCUGGAGAACCACCGCUCAACUGGACCUACCUGGGGGCUGGGGAGCAAUAA